AUGGCUCCGCGAAAAAGGCACCGCCCAAACCCCGACGACGUCACAGCAAAGCAGCCCUCCGCCACGCAAUCACAAGAUAGUCGCCCACGGCCCGCCCACGCUGCUGUCGCCUCGGAAGACGCAUCACCCUCUAGCCGACCCAUGCCCCGACAUCUCCCGGCUAAUAACGAUUCGCAAGAGAGCGUUCGCAAAUCUCAGAGCUGGUACGGAUCCUGGCCGCGGCCACCCAAAGCCGCAGCGUCCAUCUCGAUAGCCAAAGAAAAUAUCCACGGCGACACAUUUCGCUCCAGAAAGGCCGACCUGACACGCUUCGAGUCGAGGAGCGUCGACGACACCGCCAGCAUCCGCAGCAAGCUGGGCGAAUCCGCGGCAGCCUCAGACCAGGCAAAGGCCUCCAUGUCCCAGACCGACUCGAACCCGCCAAACAGUGAGCUAGUACAGGAAGCAGCGGCAGCUAAACAAAACGAAGUCAUAACAUCCUCCGCAAAGGUUGACGAUAAUAAAUCUACUCCAAAUCCAAACGGAACGAGCAGCGACGUUGCCAAGCCGGAGCCGGAGCCGGAGCCGACCAACCCUCCACAAGAGAUCCCGCCCGCGACACCCACAAAACCCCAACCUGGCUGGCUGGGUUGGCUCACGAGGACACCCGCAGCAGCCGUAGAACCUGUCCAGGAGGAGCAGCCUGAGCAGCCUGAGCCUGCUCGGCCAUCUACGCCACCUGCGCAAAUCAUCAUCACCUCGCCGACUGCCCAGUCGGAACCUCGGCAACCGGCUACAUCGUGGUUUGGACUGUGGAAUACUCCAACGCCCCAAGCCAUGGCCGACGACUCGGAAAAGAAGCCGACCGACCAUGUCCAAGGGACUGAUGUCGAUGUAGUCAUGGAGGAUGCGCCUGCAGCAGCACCGCCAUCGGCGCAGGCAGCCCAACCCCAAGAACCAGCACCAAAAGCUGGCUCGACAUGGGCAUUCUGGUCAAAAGCUACACCGGUCCAAAAAGGCAAACCUUCAGCGCAAGAGGCCGGGGAAAUUGCAGUCAUUGGCGAAGGAUCCGAGGCUCACCCGCUUCCCAUGAGGGAGAACAACGUGUCUGCCGAGCCUGACAAUAAAGACAAAGGCAAAGCUAAAGACUCGAAAUCGACAUGGCGUAAGAGUAAGCGUCCGAGGCCAGUUUCUAUGGAUGAGUCCAUACCGCCAUCCCCAGCAAGCAGUCAGCUUCAUCUCCCGGAGCCGAGCAGCGGGAAAGCCGAUCAAUCUGAUGCAGAGAGUCGCAAAUCCACCACCAAGACAGAGAUCUCAUCCAAGUCGGCAGCAGAAAGCGAAACCUCAGCCAAGCAAUCGCCGAACCUGCUGCUGCCGUCAUUUGCCAGCACAUAUCAGAUGAAAGACAAUCCUUCCAUAUUAAAGCAAAUCACCAACUUUCUUCUACGCACGUCGCAGCCACCCGCCAACCACGUCUUCCGCGUGCAGGAGCCUCCCAAAAUAAAGCGUGCUUUGGCUAUUGGAGUUCACGGCCUCUUCCCUGCCACUUACCUCCGGCCUAUGAUGGGACAACCUACUGGCACCUCGCUGCGGUUUGCCAGCCUUUGCGCCGACGGCAUUCGACGAUGGGCAGAUGCUCACGGCUGCCCAGACUGCGAAAUCGAAAAGGUUGCACUUGAGGGCGAGGGUCGCAUCGGCGAUCGUGUGGAGAACUUGUGGAAGCUUCUCCUCAACUGGAUCGACCAGAUUCGCAAGGCCGACCUGAUCAUCAUGGCCUCCCACUCGCAGGGCGUGCCCGUUAGUCUGAUCCUCCUAGACAAGCUCAUCGACUUGGGUAUCAUCACCCAAGCCAAGAUUGGCGUGUGUGCCAUGGCAGGCGUUGCGCUGGGGCCGUUCCCCGACUACAAGUCAAGUUUUCUGAUGGGCUCGGCGGCUGAGUUAUGGGAUUUUGGAAACCCGCAGAGCGCCAACUCGCAGCGUUUUGAAGCAGCGUUGAAACGGGUAUUGGACUACGGCGCCCGCGUAACAUUUAUUGGAAGCAUCGACGACCAGGUUGUUCCCAUGGAAUCUGCCGUGUACUCACCUGCCUCUCAUCCGUAUAUUUACCGUGCGGUGUUCAUCGACGGACGCAUCCACGCGCCCGACUUCAUCGCGCACCUGGUCGGCUUCGCACUCAAGCUGCGUAACCUAGGCGUCAGCGACCACGGGCUGGUGCGGGAGCUGUCGCUCGCGCUCGCGGGCUCUCUGUACUCUGGCGAGGGCCACUCGCGGCUGUACUAUGACGACGCCGUGUACGACCUAGCCAUUGCGCACGCCCUGGAGACAACGUCAGUCCCGCAGCCGACGCCGUGCCACGUCGCGCACCGUACCGUGCCGACGGCCACGCCUACCGGUGCGGCGCCCGCCCUGGCCUCGGCCAAUCCGUACGUCCUGCCGUGGAUCAUGCGUGGGCUGCUCGAAGAGGACUUUGUCAAGACGGAGUUGAGCGCCGAGACGGAGGAGCUGCUGCGGCAGUUUGACGACUGGAAGCCGAGCAACAAGGCGCUCAAGGACGUCAAGUAUAGAUUGGAAGCGGUGCGGUCCAAGUUGUAA